AACAUGAGGAUUAGUGACGUUUGUUUGUUUGUUUGUUUGUUUGUUUGUUCGUGGACUCACUGAGGCUCGUUGUGAGGAUUUCUGCUGUUUCCAUGUUUAUUAGUUGGGGUAGAUUAUUCUAAGAGGAUGGAGGUGAAGCUCAGAGGCGGAGGAGGAGAGAGGGAGGGAGGUGUCCCACUGUCAUCUGUGCGUAAAUGGAAAUAAUGCGCAAAAAAAAAACGCAAUGUGUUUUCCUUCUUAUUUUUGCAUUGUGCGUGUGUGUGUGUGUGUGUGUGUGAGAGAGUGUGUAAGUGCACGAGUGUGUGUUGAGGGAGAGUUUGUGCACGCGUGCUUGUCUAUCACAAAGAGAUAAGGAGAGGUCCGUCCGUUUCUGCUGGACGGUAUUUGCAUAGAAGUUACCACACACACACACACACACACACACACACACACACACACAGUUGUUUCUAUAUUUAGUGUGUUGUGUGUGUUUUUUCUAUGCAUCUGUGUGCGUGAGCGUGCGUAAAAAACAGACUCAGGCUCGAGCGCUUCGUUUCGAUUCACCGGGGACCCCCGCGCGCAACAAGAGCCCCCCAUGGGUGCAAUAGUGCAAGCACAGACGGCGGUGAUUGGCCAGAGGUUGAUCAGAUGGUACACUUCCCCUCUGUAGUCAGUGGCACCUCACAACCCCCCCUUUCAGCAAAAACCAAAUCUCGGAUAAAGUAAUGGCAAAACCACUUGGACUAUAAAAGACAACAAAUCAUAUUCCUCCGGAGUAUAUACACCCCGUUGUCCACCCAAUGAGUUCCUAUUUUGUCAACUCAACUUUUCCCGUGUCUCUACCGGGAGGACAGGACUCUCUCCUGGGUCAGAUACCGUUAUAUUCCUCGGGAUACACCGAUCCGUUAAGACACUACUCCAACGCGGCCACAUAUGGAGCAGCCAACAUGCAGGAGAAGGUUUACCCAGCGUCCUACUACCAGCAGACGGGCGCAGCGGCCGCGGCGCUCUACGGCCGAGCCGGCGGCGGAGCACCGUGCGACUACAACCCGGUCGGGACUUUCUACAAGGACGCGGAGGGCUCGUGCGCUUUCUCCAGCCGCGAGGAGCAGCCGCUGUUUGUCACUCAGGAGCAUCAGCAGCGCAAAGCGGAGUGCCCGGAGCAGGCUGUCAGCAUGAGCAGCAGCAUCGACGACAAGUCGUCCACGUUGAUCUAUCCGUGGAUGCAGAGGAUGAACGCCUGCUCGGCCGACACACGACUUCAGAUUUCGAGUGCACUCUCAGGUCCUUUUGGCAACAGUGGCCGCAGGGGCCGACAGACCUACACCCGCUACCAGACUCUAGAGCUGGAGAAGGAGUUCCACUUUAACCGCUACCUGACCAGGAGACGCCGGAUAGAGAUCUCCCACGCCCUGUGUUUGACGGAGAGACAGAUCAAAAUCUGGUUUCAGAACCGCAGGAUGAAGUGGAAAAAGGAGAACAAACUGCUCAAUCCAUCAAAGACACCCGAGGAGGAGGAGGAGGAGGCGGAGAAGAAGAGUUAAAAAUAAAAUAAAUAAGAAAAGGAC